AUGACCCAAAAUCCGGCCACCGGAAGUGGCGGGGACGGUGGUGCCAAAGCCGGAACCACCUUCGUGCAAGCUGAUUCGACUUGUUUUCGAGACUUGGUCCAACGCUUGACCGGCCCAUCUGGGAACCAGGCCCAAGCCCAAGUCCAAGCACCGGUCAAGUCUCCAGCACCCAAACCUACCCAAAAGCUACACGAGCGAAGGAAAUACAGCAAACCCAAGAUAGAGAUUGCAAAGCUCGGAGACUUCCAAGACCAUCAAUCUCUGCAGUCCAAGAUGGCAACAAGCCCAAAUAUGUUGUUUGGGGGGAGCCCACAAGGAGGCUUUGGGGCCUUCUCAACAAGCCCGUCAUCGAGUGUGAUGAUGUUGAGCCUGCCCAACAGCUUACAGGCCAGCCCAAUAAGCACGCCCGUUGGGAGUUCAAAUAAAAGAGCAUCUCCAUCGAAUGAGCUUGAGCUAAAUCCCGGAGAGGAAGAAAAAGCUAUUAAAGAAAAGAGGUUUUAUUUGCACCCUUCUCCUCGUUCGAAGCCUAGGCUUGCACCUGAUCCCGAGCUGCUAACGUUGUUUCCGCUUGCUUCACCUACGGCUUCGAGUAAUGCUGAUAAAAUGUGA